AUUCCCUUCAGACGAUUGACGUCUGCAUUUUUACUUUUCCGCUUCUUCCUGAAGUCUUAAAGUUUUGAGUUUUCAACGGAAUAGCUGAUUAAAACCGACAUGGGAGCGUGUUUGGCUCUGGGCUCACUCGCCAGCUGCGCGUCCUGCCUGUGCGGCUCGGCCUCCUGCCUCCUGUCGUCAUGCUGCCCCUCCACCUACAACUCCACCAUCAGCCGGCUGGCCUUCUCCUUCCUGCUGCUGCUGGGCACGCUGGUGUCCAUCAUCAUGAUCCUCCCGGGCAUGGAGGAUCAUCUGAAAAAGAUCCCCGGCUUCUGUAAAAGCGACUCCAUCAUCUCGGGGACGGUGAACUGCGACGUCAUCGUGGGCUACAAGUCGGUGUACCGCAUGUGCUUCGCCAUGGCCUGCUUCUUCUUCCUCUUCUCCAUCAUCAUGAUCCGCGUGCGCAGCAGCAAGGACCCCCGGGCGGCCAUCCAGAACGGAUUCUGGUUCUUCAAGUUCCUGGCGCUGGUCGGCAUCACCGUGGGAGCGUUCUUCAUUCCCGACGGCACCUUCACCACAGUGUGGUAUUACUUCGGCGUGGUGGGCUCCUUCAUCUUCAUCAUCAUCCAGCUCAUCCUGCUGGUGGACUUCGCCCAUUCCUGGAACCAGUCCUGGCUGGAGAAGGCGGAGAACGGCAACAGCAAGUGCUGGUAUGCAGCUCUGCUGUCCUUCACCGUCGUCCACUACGCCCUGGCCUUCACCGCCGUCGUGCUCUUCUACGUCUUCUACACCACCGCUGACGGCUGCGUGGCGCACAAGGUCUUCAUCAGCCUCAACCUGCUGUUCUGCAUCGCCGUGUCCAUCGUGGCCAUCCUGCCCAAAGUCCAGGAGGCCCAGCCCAGCUCCGGCCUGCUCCAGGCCUCGCUCAUCUCCCUCUACACCAUGUACGUCACCUGGUCGGCCAUGACCAACAACCCCGACAAGCAGUGUAACCCCAGCCUGUUGAGUCUGGUCCAGGCCAGCAGCCCCACUCCGGCCCCCGGACCCACCGCCGCCCCGGGCAACGUGCAGUGGUGGGACGCGCAGGGCAUCGUGGGAUUGAUCAUCUUCCUCUUCUGCACUCUUUAUGCCAGCAUCCGCUCGUCCAACAACACCCAGGUGAACAAACUGAUGCAGACGGAGGACGGCCAGGGCCUGACGGCCGACUACGAGGCGGCGGCGGGCGAGGACGGAGUGCGGCGCGCCGUGGACAACGAGGAGGAGGGCGUGACUUACAGCUACUCCUUCUUCCACUUCUCCCUCCUCCUGGCCUCGCUCUACAUCAUGAUGACCCUCACCAACUGGUACAAGCCCAACUCGGACUACGAGUCCAUGCAGACGUCCAUGCCGGCCGUCUGGGUGAAGAUCUGCUCCAGCUGGCUGGGCCUGGCGCUGUACCUGUGGACGCUGGUGGCGCCGCUGGUGCUCCCCGACAGAGACUUCAGCUGAAGUCUCCAGGAAGAAGACGAGCUCGCCGCGCUCACUCACAACCACGCUGCCGCAGCAUCGCCAGCUUCAGCUUGAGAUAGAAGUCCCUCCUGAACCAGAGCGCUGUUUCCUUUAGCGGGGUCGGAGAGCUGACGGGUUUCUUUCACUACACCUUCAAGAUUAACCUCCUCCUCCUCCUUCUUCUUCUUCUUGUGCCAGUUUUUGUAACAGGAGUGCCUUUAUUGUUAUAUUGCAGUCAGUUUGUUCAGAGGGACCAUUGUUAUUGUUUUUUUUUUUUUUUAUUCACAAUCAAAACUUUCUUGUCAUUUUUUUAAAGGAAUAAAAGCCAAUCUGAUGGA